CUCCCUUCCUUCCCUACCUUCACCCCUCUCUCCCUCCCUAACCACUAUUUAUCGAGGUUUUGUUUAUACUCAUCUAUUGUACGGGUCGAAUUAUUACUUGGUUACAUCCUUAAAAGUCAUGUCUUUGCAACGUGUUGCAUCUCUUGAAACCUUUGUCAAUGUACCAACGGAAGGACGGAGAUCUAGGCGAGGUUCUGUCUCUUCUGUUGCUGCCUCUGAAAGAGCCCGCAAGCUCUCUUUCAACCCUCUUCCUGAAUCAUGGAAUCCUGUCUUUGACCAGAACCAUGAUCAGCUUGGCCAGUCUCGUGGGGCCUUCGAGGUGCCCCAAUGGAAGCGAAUACUCCAGGUGAUUGUUAUGGUCGUACUCUGUCUCUUCGCUGCGGGGAUUGUGUUUGGAUAUGCUGCUUUAAAACCAGUCCUCAAGAAGGAGGGCGCAUACCAAGACAUUUGCAAUGACGGAGACACUUGUAUGGAAAUUCAUCUCAAUCUUAUGUUCACGGUCGCUGCUGUCGCUACCAACGUGGCCGCAUUGCCUGUCGGUGCUAUUUUGGAUCAUUAUGGUCCCCGAGUUUCCGGAAUCCUCGGUGCUCUCCUCCUUGGCAUUGGUGCACUUCUAAUGUCCUUUGCUAAGAGCCUCCCUUUCGAUGCUUUCCUCCUUGGCUACCUAUUCCUAGCCCUAGGUGGCCCGUUUACGUAUAUCUCCUCCUUCCAGCUUUCCAACGCCUUCCCUCGGCACUCGGGCCUAGUUCUGGCGCUGCUUACGGGUGCAUUUGAUGCAUCAAGUGCCUUAUUCCUCGUAUACCGUAUUAUCUACACCAAGACGGGAGGCUCCUUCGGCUACCAUAAAUUCUUUCUUGCUUAUCUUGCGGUGCCAGUAGUAAUCCUCAUCUCCCAACUCACCAUACUCCCUAAACAGUCUUACAAGACAGUGGGAGAAAUGCUUGAGGAGAUCGAAACACCUCCGUUUGGUGACCCGUUGCCUAUUGCACAUACCGCGGAUGCCGAUGAUCAGAUUGAUGAGCAAACUGCACUCUUACGCGAGGAGCAAUUAGUGCAUCACGAGAGCGUUGUGCACGACAUCGAGGAACUACUGGGCUCAAGUAGGGCAGAUAAAGAUACACAAGCCCAGCGCGAGGAAGAGAAAAACGAGAGGAGCGGCGUCUGGGGUAUAAUGCACAAUCACACAGCGUUGGAGCAAAUCCGUUCCCCGUGGUUUGUGCUGAUUUGCUUGUUCACUGUUGUACAGAUGACACGGAUUAAUUACUUCGUGGCUACCAUCCGGCCACAGUAUGAAGCGCUUUUCGGUGACAUGGCAAAAGCGAUCGAGAUCAACAACUUUUUCGAUGUUGCUCUACCGCUAGGUGGCAUCAUUUCCAUUCCGUUUAUCGGAAUGAUCCUUGAUCACACCAGCACCAUCGUCGUUCUUACGACUCUCGUAACUGUCGCAACCACUAUUGGAAUUCUGGGCGUUUUGCCCUACACCUGGGCAGCAUACGCCAAUGUCAUCCUCUUCGUGCUGUACCGACCUUUCUACUACACAGCUGUCAGCGACUAUAGCGCCAAAGUUUUUGGUUUUCGCACUUUCGGCAAAGUUUACGGCACCAUUAUUUGUCUUUCGGGACUCCUCAACUUCAGCCAGAGCGCACUUGACUACUUGUUUCAUCGGACUUUCCACGGCAAUCCUGUCCCCGUGAAUCUUCUGCUACUAGCACUUGGUCUGGUGAUCGGAAUCUGCUUAGUAGGGUUCGUCAUCGUACAGACUAGAUUCUUAAGCAAGAAGAGACUCGCGGCAAACUAUGACGAUGGUGAGCAUGGAGAAUAUUGACCAAUUUGCUUCACCUCUGAGAUCAUUUAAAGGCGCUAGGGCAGCACAAAAGCAUUUAUGGCGAUAUAUCAUUUUUUUGGGUAACGUUUUGUCAUGUCUAACACAAGGUUGCAUUUUAAGCUCAGGUUUGGCGUUCUUUUUGAUUUAUAAUCGUAGGUAUAUAUAU